AUGUCUUCAACAGUUGCACCCAAAUCAAUCGUCCAUGGACCGUUCCACCCCCCUCUGAAGCUCUGCACAAUCAGCCAGCUUCUCCGCCAACACGCCGACCGAGUUAACACCCGCCGAGCGGUCGUUGAAGUACAGUCCGGGGCACGAUUGACCUACCACGAUCUCGAGAUCGGGACCAAGCAGAUCGCACGAGCCCUAAUAGCCAACGGGGUUCAACGCGGCGAUCGGAUUGCUAUCUUCCUCGGAAACUGCGAAGUCUACGUGGAGAUCUUCUUUGCGGUUGCCAGGAUCGGGGCGGUGGCAGUCUUGCUUCACGGGACGUACACCCCAAAUGAAGCGCGGAAUGUGCUGCGAACCACCGAAUGCUCUACCUUGUUCAUCUCGAGUGGUCUCGGAAAUAGAGGCUCGCGUGCCUUUCUAAGCUACCUCGAAGAAUCCAACAUGUCACUGGCUGUCGAUGUGCCAUCGGUGAAGCGCAUUGUCUUAGUUCAUGACGAUCACCCAGAUGGCAGUUGCUUGACUUUCUGGACAAGAUUUCUCGUCAGUGGGGAUACAGUGAGCCCGUCGCGGCUCAGUCAGCUCGAGGAUGAGGUUGGCGGUGACACAGUAUGCAGCUUUCUCCUGACGAGCGGAACCACCGGCGUCCCCAAGGUAGCUAUGUUGACACACGCGAACAUCAUCAACAAUGCCUUUCUGGCAGGGAAUCACAUGAGCCUGACCGAGGAAAGUAUCAUCUGCAACCCACUGCCCCUGUUUCAUUCCGGGGGCCUGAUACUCGGCCUCAUGACAUGCGUCGUCCGUGGAGCCUGCAUCGUAUUCCCCGCGCCAAGUUUCAGUGCGUCUCGCACCCUCGAUUGCCUCUCAGCAGAAAAGUGCACUGGAAUGCAUGGCGUCCCGACCAUGUUCGCUGCAGUCCUUCGCCACAGGCACCUGCAGCCCAUGAAAGGUCCAAUCCGGCUCAAAAGUGGUCUCAUAGGGGGUAGCGCUCCUUCAGAGGCACUGUGGCUCCAGAUCAAGGAUGAACUUGGUGUCGAGGACUUUUCACUCGGAUACGGAAUGACCGAGACAUCGGGUGCGGUCUUCAUGUCCCCGCCAACGAGCGCGGAUGCGACCCGAAUGCCACGCUCCCUGACGAUUUUGCCUCACACGAGCGCGAAGGUGGUUGACAGCAGGGGCGACAUCGUGACGGUCGGACAACGCGGCGAGCUCUGUGUCUCGGGCUACCUUGUACAGAAGGGAUAUUUCAACAAUGGCGAGAAGACGCGUACGGCCAUGAUCCAGGACGAGAGCGGGACACUGUGGAUGCGGACGGGCGACGAAGCAUUUUUCGACCGCGAGGGAAACUGCUCUGUGACCGGUCGCAUCAAAGACAUUAUCAUCCGAGGAGGAGAGAACCUGUAUCCAACGGAGAUUGAGGAUCGGUUGAGCGAGCAUCCCUCCGUGCAGGGGGCGUGUGUGGUUGGCCUGCCGGACGACUACCUGGGCCAGGUAGUUGCGGCUUUCAUUCAGCAGGAACCAGGGACUGACCGGCCAUCCCUUGAGGAGCUGACUGCAUGGGUCCGCUUGAGUCUGAGUUACCAUAAGGCUCCGGCCCGGGUCUUCUGGCUUGGAGAUGAUGGUCUGCCCAGGGAUUUCCCUCUGUUGGGAAGUGGCAAGAUUCGCAAGAACGUGCUGGAGGAGAUUGGGUGUCAGAAACUGUGUGCAUUGGAUGCUUAG